AUGCGUUUCCUCUUCCUCGCCACUGCAGCCCAGGCCCUACUGGGACAGGUGGCAGGUGUUCCCACCGUCAGCACCGACCCCUGCGAAGACCUGAUCAACCAGAUGACAGGAGCGACGACCUCAUUUGCCCAAACAGUGUCAGAAGCCGGUAAACGAUGGGAUACCCAGAAAUUGGCGUCCUCUGGCAUGUGUGAGUUCAGUCCACUGAACCUCGAAAAAUUGAAGAUUCCCUCCUCCGCUGGUACAACCCUCUAUGAGUAUCCGUAUUUUCCAGGGAAGCUCUAUGGCGGCUCAGAUGCUCCAGGAAAAUAUCGGGUUGUGUUUGCAAAAUCGGGGAGUAACUGGGAAUUUUCUGGGCUCAUUGCCCACGACGAUCAGCAGGGAAAUACCGGCUCUUUCCAACUAUGUGAGGGAAUGUCAGAGCUCGAAGAGUCCAUCCAUGCUGCUAGGAAGGUGCAAGAGGCGGCCAAGAAUGCCCGUGCGGCCGAAGAAGAGGCUAAAAGCGAAAGUAAUACAGCAAAAAAUGCACAAGGCAUCAUACGGAAGAGCAAGGACCCCUCAAAGAUUGCAAAGCAAGCUAGUGUGGCUCAAACGGCCGCCGAAAAAGCGAAAGUAGCAUCCGAGCGAGCAGACAAGGAAGCUCAAAUGGCGGAAGACGAGGCCGCUGCGGUAAAAAGCGGUACUACAAUGGGCUCGGUAGCCACGAAAAUACUUGAAUUGGGCACAACGGCCCAAAAGGAUGUCGCAAGGGCCAAAAAGAGUGCCACUGAAGCAAGGAAAUCGGCACAAAUCGCCGAUGAUAUAGCCAAGAAACUUGAAGGGCUUUCCAACGAGUCGAGUAUGAAGCUGGAGCAAGAGCAACAAGAGGAAAGACAAAAGGAAGUAAAGCGAUUCAGAUCAGAAGCGGAGGUGUUCGAAAAAGCCGCUCGGGUAGCCAAAGAUGAAGCGGAUAGUACUACUCAAAUCACAAGAGCCAAUGGAGCUGCCGGCCGUGCUCAAACAGCCGCCAAAAAGGCAAGAGAAUUGGCAGAAAAGGCAGCUGAAAUCGCGCAAGUGCCUGAUUCCCCAGUUUAUCAACUGGCCGAAGAAGUCUGGGCUCUGGCUCUGGAAGCCGUCAAAGUCAGCGGUGAAGCCCUUGGAGUCGCACGGCGGAAGCAAAUCCUGAAUUAUGUGAAGGAUGCUGAAACCGCGAGGAAGGCGUCUGAGAGAGCCAAGGAAGCCAAGAGCGCCGACAAGGAAGCGGAAAAGGCACGAAACGCCGCAAACAAAGCCAAGAAACUGACUGAUAAUGUGGAGACCCAGUUGCAGGAUAAGAUGAUGCAAAAGAGCCAAAUGGAAGGCCAAGUCGCUGCCGCAAAAAAGAAGGCCAACAGUCUCGAAAAAAACGAUGAUCGAGAUUUGAGCUGGGUGAAACCCUGGCAGCAAGCCUUAAUAGCCCAGAAUACAGUUCAAUGGCGGCUGAAACUCCUCAGCGAGGAAGUUGGUCUACUAGAAAGAUCCUCACAAACCCUUCGCACAGAAUCUAAAAAGGCUGAAAAGGAAGCCCAGAACGCUGAGAAGGCAGCAGCGGCAAGGACCCCUGAAAAGGGGGGUGAAAACAAGGGCAAGGACAAGAGCAAUGAAUCGGCUGCUCAGAGCAAGGCUCAGAAGGAGAUCGCAGCGCAGAACGCUAACAGCCUUGCACAGGCAGCCUCUUCCUCGUCACCAUGGAGGUCCCUAUGGACAAUUGGGGGGACUAUUCUCGCAUCUGCAGUGGCCAUCGGGGGGGCCGCAUACUUGACAUCUUUGGCCAUGCCCGAGGUGGCCGCUGCUGCGGUUGUAGGUGCUAAUGGGCUCGCGGCGCCAUUUGCCUCGGAUGAGGGGAUGGCCUCGCUAUCUGGUUUGGUUUCUAACCAGGUUUCCAGAGCCACUGAAAACUCAGUACUAGAUGCAUUAGACCAAGAGGUCACGCAGGCAACAGAGAGAGGAAUCGAAAGGGAAGCUGCUCGACGGGUUGCAGAGCGAGCUGCUAAAAAAGCAGCUGCGCGGGCAGCUAAAAAGGUAGCCAAAAAAGCAGCCAAGCAGGCCGGAAAUAGACUCGUCGCGGCAUAA